AUGUUGUCACCAUUGGAUUAUGUGUUACUUCAUUUGGGAAGUCCUGGAAGAUAUCAUAUAUUUCUGGCAUUUCUCAUAUGUUGUCUACAAUUUGCAGUCUCAUUGUUGCCAAACAUUUGGAUCUAUUAUACGGAAGAACCGCCACAUCGAUGUCUAUUAAAACAAUCAUUGUUUACCAAUUCAACAGUAGUCAGCGAUAGUGAAUGGUUUCCAUCAGUUGUCAUCCGAAGUGAUAGUAAUAAUAAUAAUAAUAAGUUGCGGACACUUGACUCCUGUGCUAUAUAUUUGGAUCCAUUUAAUCACUGGAAAGGUACCCAAAUGUGUCCGCACGGCUGGCAAUAUAGGCCCGAAAAUAAUGAACACAAUGUAGUUAUUGAAUAUGAUUUAGUAUGCGAUCGUCGAUAUCUCCUAAAUUCACUGUUUUAUUUAAGCCAUAUAUCAGCCAUUUUGGGGGCAAUUAUUAUAGCCAUAAUCGGUGACCGAUGUGGCCCUAAAAAUGCUGUAUUGGUAUCGCUUUAUCUGUUUGUUUCGGCCGCUGUUUCACUGCAUUUUGUGGCCGACUUUCUUCAGUUUUCGCUAUUAUAUUCAUUGCAGAUAUUCUUCUCAUCCGGCUUACAAAUAGUAGCAUUUGUAUUGCUAAUUGAAUUAUUUGCGACACCCUAUCAAUUACGAGUAUCCCUUUACUGGGUAUGCUUUCAAAUCAUUGCCUCACUAAUGGUACCGAUGCUCAUGUGGACUAUACGUAACUGGCGUUACACACAACUGGCCAUUUCGGUACCGUGUAUUGCAUUUUUUACCUACAUCUGGCUAUUGCCGCAAUCGGUACUCUGGCUGGUAGUCGAAGGUCGGGUCGAUCGGGCCGAACAACUCAUCGAACAGUUGGCCCAACAAAAUGGCAAAACACUUGCACCGACCUAUCGUAUACAUCUGCAAAAUAUGUUGGCAUCCAUUCAAAGUAGUUCAAUGAGUCAAUCGCUGAGACAUCGGAUACUACCGAAGCUAUCAUCGCAUGGCCUGCGAUGGUAUCUGUUUGUCCAUUUCUAUCUGUUUUUCGUAGUCGAUCUGACCACUCAUGUUACACAACCGCAAACAUUUAGAUUGAAUGAAAACAAAUAUAUACAUCAAUUUUAUAGCUCGCUAAUGGAUUUGGGCACCGUUAUGCUACUCUAUCAUUUUGCAACUAGAAUUGGACCUAGAUUCAUUCAAUCAUUCAUAUUCAUAAUAGCUGGUAUCCUAUUGAUGACAUCGAUAACAUUACAAGAAAUGCUUCCUAAAAAACUUGAUAUAAACGUUCCCACUGAUUUUGACUUCCGUUUACUACUAUUACCCUCUGGUUUGAUACUAAUGUCACGGACGCUGACUAUCUGUUUGCCGGCCCUCACAUGGUUUCACGCAAUUAAGACAAUGCCCACUGGCAUUAGGGCUAUUGGUUUGGCUGCAUGUUUUACUUGGAGCCAAUUGGGACAAAUGUCAGCACCGCAUCUACUAGUGCUGUCGGAUCUGAUUGCACCGUUCAUACCGAUGGGCUUAUGUGGUUCACUACUAGUAGUUGCCGGCGGACUAUCCUUACUGUUGCCCACUUGCUAUCGCAAACCGUUGCCCAAUACCGUUGAAGAAGCUGAAGAUAAAGAUGCUGCUGCUGCUGAUGAUGAUGAUAUUAGUAAGCAGCUUAGAUAUCCCAGUUUUCGGGACUUGAAAAACGGCCAGCUAAGCACCGUAAAUGUCUAUACUAUUGGACCACCAAAUGGUGGUAAUUCAUCAACAUUGGACAAAACAAUUGCAAAACAACAUUCAGAUUUGACAGUAACAACAGCAACAGGUCAUCAUCAUCAUCAUCAUAACCAUCACCAUAAUCAUCACCAACAUCAACCAUCAGCAUCAUCAUCAUCUCAUUAUAGGCCCAAUACCAUCUACGAUGAUACCGAUUCUAAACUAUCGGAUAUAGAAGAUUACAAUGUUGGUGGUAGUGGUGGUGGUAGUGGUGGUGGUAGUGGUGGGGGAGACAAUAACAAUUGGAGACUAUUGUCCAACGAGUUUCAAACUAGAUUUGGUGGUAACUAUGAUAUAGCUAAUGGUGGUGGUGGUGGUGGUGAUGAUGGCGAUGGUAGUGAUCUGCUGGGACCUCUACCAACAUCCACAACAUCAGCAACAACUGGCGGCCAUAACUAUCACAAUGGCUUCAAUCAGAUUACAACUAUUACAAGAGAUUCUGUGGCCGAAACCAAUCUAUAA